GAACGUGGAACAGCGGCGCUCUCUCUGUCUGUGGCACCAGGAACAGUAUCAGUCAGCGCUAUCUCGUUCUGUUCCUCACUGCACUCUGAUCUCCGCGCUCGCAGUGACUCAAGCACCCGGCGUCACUCAAAGUGCUCAGUGUCUCAGUGUCUCAGUGUGUGUGUGUGCGUUUUGUCUCUCCUCCCCCUGGAAGAAGGCUUUGUCCUGCUGUUUCGACCUCAGCACCGACCCAGCCCAGUCUGACCUCGGCAGACCGGACCACGCCAGCGAUCUGGAGCACAGAAGCAGGGGGACUUGGCUGUAACGCCCCUGGUUCCGGAGCGCUUGCGGGAGAGGUAGACGGAGGAGGGGGGGAUCCGCCAGCGAUGAGAAGGCAUCACUUCUCCGCCGCCACUUUCCUUCUCUCCGUCAGCCUGGGCAUCCUUCGCCUCGCUAAAGGAGAAGUAUGCGAACCCAACCCAUGUGAGAAUGGUGGUACCUGCAUGACAGGGUUGGCAGAUGAACCUUUUUCAUGUGAGUGUCCUGAUGGAUUCACAGGUCCCAGCUGUUCUAGUAUUGUGGAGGUUGCUGCAGAUGGAGAGGAGUCAACGACAGCAGGAGCUUGUCAACCGAACCCAUGUCAUAAUGGCGGGAUUUGUGAAGUGAGUGACAGUUAUCGUGGUGACACAUUUAUUGGCUACGUCUGCAGGUGUCCUGAUGGAUUCAGUGGAAUUCAUUGUCAGCAUAAUAUAAAUGAGUGUGAGUUUGAGCCCUGUAGAAAUGGUGGGAUAUGCACUGACCUCAUUGCAAACUAUUCCUGUGAAUGUCCAGGAGAAUUCAUGGGCAGAAAUUGCCAGUACAAGUGCUCAGGACCUCUCGGGAUGGAGGGAGGGAUAAUAUCGAAUCAACAGAUCUCAGCGUCCUCGACACACCGUGCCCUGUUUGGGCUGCAGAAGUGGUACCCAUACUACGCCAGAUUGAAUAAGAAAGGCCUUGUAAAUGCUUGGACCGCAGCAGAAAAUGACAGAUGGCCGUGGAUUCAGAUUAACCUGCAGCGCACAAUGAGAAUCACAGGAUUGAUUAGUCAGGGUGCUAAGAGGCUUGGCAGCCCCGAGUAUGUAAAAUCAUACAAGAUUGCUUACAGUGGUGAUGGCAAAACCUGGACUACUUACAAAGUAAAAGGUGCCUAUGAGGACAUGGUUUUCCGUGGAAAUGUCGAUAACAACACACCACAUGCAAAUUCCUUUAAUCCUCCCAUCGAGGCCCAGUUCAUACGGCUGUAUCCCCAGGUCUGUCGGAGACAUUGUACGCUGAGGAUGGAGCUGCUCGGCUGUGAGAUGUCAGGCUGUUCAGAACCUCUAGGUAUGAAGUCAGGACAUAUCCAGGAUUAUCAGAUUACUGCUUCCAACAUCUUUAGGACCUUAAAUAUGGACAUGUUUACAUGGGAACCCUGUAAAGCUCGCCUGGAUAAACAGGGAAAGAUUAAUGCCUGGACAUCAGGACGCAGUGAUCAGUCACAGUGGCUGCAGAUUGAUCUACUUGUUCCUACAAAAGUGACUGGUAUAAUCACCCAAGGCGCUAAAGAUUUUGGUCACAUACAGUUUGUGGGUUCCUACAAGGUAGCCUACAGUAAUGAUGGAAAGAACUGGACUAUUUAUAAAGAUGACAAACAACAGAAGGAUAAGGUUUUCCAAGGUAAUUUUGAUAAUGAUACACACAGGAAAAAUGUAAUAGAUCCUCCCAUCUAUGCACAAUAUAUUCGAAUCUUGCCCUGGUCGUGGUAUGGCCGGAUCACUCUGCGGACAGAGUUACUGGGAUGCACAGAAGAGUGAUAAUGAAUGGUGGUUACUGACAAGAAAGUUAUCACUAUCCGACUGUAUCUCAACAAAAGCUGCACACACCUGUAAAAUAUUGAAGGGUUUUCAUGAACACGUGUUCAGUUUGUGAUAGGCAUAAAUCAAGUUAGGUGGUCUCGGCCUGCCCUUUGUCAGACUUUCAUACGGUGAUUUCUCUUCCUUAGAAGUUUACUUUCUUGUGUUUUGUUAAUUUGUACAUAAUGAAAUAAACUUGUGCAAUUGCAAGCUCCCCCCCCCAAGUUUGAUUAAUAUGCAUAAAAUUAAUAUUUCUAAUUAUUAUUCCAGGUGCCAGUAUUGUAUCUUAUUUAUUGUCAGCUUUUAAAAGUUUCUUUUUUUUUCCUCUUUGGCUCCUAAGAAUGAAAUGGUUUUCAAUAGUCUAGCUUAAGUUUCACUUUGUCAUUCCAGUCAGGCAUUAAAACAAUUGAGCACUGAUAAAGCUUUCAUUCUGUAAAGUGUACCUGUCUCACAUUGUUAUCAGACACUGAAGAUUUAUUUUAAGGCAACUUUUUCCCUAUAUGCUUUGCUUACAGACCUUCAUACUUCAUGUGUGAUUCUGUAUGUGGGGGCUCAUGCUUAAUAUGAAGAAACCCAGAAAGGUAAAAUUAGGUUACUGCAAUAUAUCAAAAUAAUUAGGCAAUAAAUAUCAUGAUUCCUGAAUCUACAAGACCAUAAAUCCCUGAACAUACAACACAAUAAAAAGUUAAUGUUUGAGUGCACGUCAGCCAUUUUUUUGGAGCUCACUCAAUGAUUCCAAACGUUAUCAUUUUUGUACAGCAUGUUUGAAUUUCCAACCUCAGUUAUUCUGUUGCAAAUUUUAUUUUUAAAUAAAGAAAACAAAUGCUAUCGUAGCAAAGAAAUAGGAGGAAAAAGGAAUGCUGUUGUGAUUAUUACUAAAUGUGAAUUUAUGUUAGACACAAGCUGUUUGCUCAGUCCUAAUCCAUUUAGUUCUGUUGAUUCAGAUAAAUGUAGUGACCUCUGUAUAUCAAUGAAUACAUAAUAUGAUGUCAUUCAUUUAAGUCAUUUGUUGUUUAGUGACUUGAUGUACACAGAUGGUUUUGUCAAUUUUGCCUCAGUGCUUAUAUAUGCAAUGCAGCAAAAGUCAUGCAAAAUUAACAUCCAUGUAAUUUAACAGUGAUUCAGGUGCGGUUCUAUGUCACCAUCAGAAUUGACCUGCUGGUGUUAUAAAUCCAGCAUUGUCUUAUCAUAGAUAAUCUCUGCUUUUACAUAUUAAUGUCCUCUUGUUUAAAGCACUUUUAUUUCUCACUAAAGUGCAAUGUAACAUAUUAUUCCCAAAUUCACUAAAGCCCAAAGUGCAUAGAGGCAAAUAGAUGCUAUUGUGUACUGAGAGAGAGAAAGGGUAAUGCUUAUUCUCUGCAAUCCCUAAAUUAUUCAUCACAUAUGUAUUUAUGUUAUAUAGUCAAUAUUAAUAACAUCUACUGACCAUUUUAAAUGUGCAUCAUUUUGUUGUAAGCUGAUGUAAACCAUGUGUUUGGCAGUUCUGUUAGUUGUUGCCUCUGUCUAUGAAGAAAGGUUUUCACAUGUGAUGCUGUCUUUUAUUGCUUCCAUACUGUAUGCGCACAGAAUUGUAACAAAGCUUGCAAAAAUAUCAGAUUGGAAGUUUCAGCCAGUUUUAUCCUUUUAAAUGUCCUGCAACAAUAAUUUUCACUUCCUUUCUGGAUAAAAAGGAGAAGCUCCAAAGCUUGAGUAAUAGUGAGAGUCAGUAGCCAGCAAACUGAACCACAAACUUACUGCUCUAAUACACACUAGUUCUUUUUACCUUUGAUUGAAAAACAAAGAUCGUUGACCUGUUGUAACACACCCAUGCACAUCUUUUUGGCACGUCAUUACUAUGCCAUGUCAGUAUGAAAAUGUUAAUGCAGAUUGUCAGUCAUACUGUUUCUGCCAUUCAGAAGGGAGAAAAUGUUACAAGUUUCAUCUUCAUUGCCAUAAAUCUGGUAACGUUACCAGUUUUUGGAUUUAACCAUCGCAGCUUUACAAAUCACUUAAUUUUUACAGGAGCUAGAACAAAUUACUUAGGUUAUUUUCUACUUUUAUGAGUUCUACAGAAUUGUGGGAUCCUUUUAUUGUACCUCCAAAGGCUGUUUUCUUAGUGUUGAAAAUGAUUUUUAUCCAAUAACUGAGUUCUAGCAGAUCAAAUUCAGUGUGGAUAAUUGAUGUCUGCUAUUUAGAAUUACUUAGGAUGCUGCAUGACAGAUACUUUUGUGAACCUGUUUUCAGUGCUUUUAUGGUAAUAUUGAAAAUUUUUCACAAAAUACCCUGCACAAAAUUGAUUUGGAAUCAAGAACACAAGUACCAAGAUGUAGUCUGGCAUUUCUAAAGCUACAAGGAGGAGGUUCACACAAUCUAAUUUUAUAGGGGAAGUUGCAUCUUCCAAAAAGGGGGAAAAAACUGCAUUUAGGUUUAAGGCAGUUUUUUUCCCCCUAAUGAUGUGGAUAAUUUUUAAAUUGGCUCUGUGAAGGACAACAAAAGGUAAUGUUGUAACAUUGUGGAGCUAUAAAGACAUAAUGGAGAAACUAAUCUUACUACAAGCUAUUCAAAUCAUUAGACUGUUAGCAUGUCUGUGAUUGUGGAGCAUUCCUAACCCCUGUAUGCACUGAGUGACUAAAGAAUGUAUUAGUUUGUGUAUCGAGUUAAAGGGAAAGUCAACCAUUAAAAUAGUGUUGGAUAUAGACCCAUAGAAUUACAUCCCCAGCCAGUAGUGCUAAAUGCAUGAUGUUACCAUCUUGGUGCAUUGUCUUCUGCCUCCGAAAUUCAUAAGAUUUCUUUAUUAGUCACAUGUACAUUGAAACACACAGUUCAUCGCAUCUUUUGCAUAGAGUGUUCUGGGGGCAGCCCGCAAGUGUCACCACGCUUCCGGCGCCAACAUAGCAUGCCCACAAAAUCUUUGGAAUUCAUUCCAUUGAAGUCAAUUUUGGUAAUUGUCUGAAGGGAAUAUUUUCACAGUGCAUGCAUUCAUAAUGUAAUAUAUUAAUGCUGUCUUGCAAAUAUCAAUUGUUAAAGAUUUUUCCCCAAUUAAUAUAACACACACAAUGUUCAUUUCAAUCCUGGAUUAAAUUUUCCUUCAGGUGUGUUGAUGCCUUUUGCAGAUGCCUUUGAUUGCUACUGGCCUCUUGGUUAAGUCAAAAUUUCCAAGAAGUAUCUAUUGAGCGGAAAUUUGCAUCUCUCAACCACAUCUUGUCUCCCAUCUGGAUGCCAUAGAGCAUUUCUCAUUAUCCCUUCUCUCUGCCUUUCGGAAAACGUUAGAAAAUUAUGUCUCCAGCUUGUUUUUUGUUCUGCAGGCAUUAUUGACAUUUAUGCUGCUCCGUGUGGGAAAUUAUCUGUUAAAACCGUAUGCAAGGCUAUGUGCUUCAGCAACUGACAGAACAGGGAGGUCAGUCUGUCUUGAUUCAUACAACAAGGUUGCUGAUUGGGUGUUCAGAAGUGAUGCUCUUGCGCUACUCUUGCGCUACUCUUGCGCUACUCUUGUGCUCCCACUAUAAAAGACUGCAAGCAAAACUAUCGAAGGACACAUAAAGGAAUAUCCUUUGAGGAAUUGAGAGAAUCCAAUUUCUUCCACACAUUAUUCAUCAGAAACAAGCUGCUGGACAUAUGCCAACAAAUAUAUCAAGAGAUAGACUUAAAGCAUGAGCCCUUACAAAAUUGUCUGGAGGUUGGUACUAGUGAAGAAAGGUAUUUUUAAUAACACUUUGAAAGGAGCAAGUAGAAUUUUCAGCACAUAGAGAAAUGCAUAACUAUCUGCAUUACUUUAGCCUCUGAAUAUUUUUCCUCUGAAUAGAAAGAAACAAGUAUGUUCCACAUCAAACACACAUCAGAGCAAGAAAGGAUACCCAACUCAGAAUCCUACAGCAUAGGCCACAGCUGUCUACUUAGCAUGACUCCCCUAAACCAGACUAUUUUUUUUUCCUUAUUAAGUAAGAUGUAAAAUAUCUUUAUUAGUCACAUGUACACCGAAACACAUCGUGAAAUGCAUCUUCUGCGUAGCGUGUUCUGGGGGCAUGUCCACCCCCAUUUUGAAAGUUAUAAGUAACUCAUUCCACAUCAUAACAACUUACUGCAUGAAUUUUCACCCUUCCCUGGUUCCAUUUUGAAAGACUUGGCCACAAUGGAUUGACUAACCUCCUACUGGGCUCCUUGAUUCCACCUUAAAUCUCUACCCUCUGAUCUUUGACAGACUGGCCAGUGGAAUUGGUUUACUCUCCCAAAGCAUCCCAUAAUUUUGUACCCUUUGCCAAGGCAAAUAGUAAAAUUAUCAAAUUAUUGGACAAACCUGGCUACAGAAAAUAAAUUAGGAUUGCAAUUCUCUGAUGAAUAUACAGAGUAGAAUUUCCAAGGUUUCCUAAUCUUAAUUUGGAAUUUCGGUAGAAAAUCUAUGGAAAUCUCAGUGAUUUUGAUGCCAUUUAUCACAAGCUUCCACUGAUCUCUCACUGAAGUCACAUCGAAUUAUUGGCAGAACUCUGAUGAAAAUCACUGAUAGAUUGUACUUGCAAGGAGAUGUUUUUGGAAAUUCAUGUAACUGCAAUUAAAUGUCUUGAAGUAAAAAUAAAAAAAACUGCAGAUGCUGGAAAUCUGGAAUACAACCCUAAAUGCUGGAAGCACUCAGCAGGUUAGGAAGCUAGAAGAGAGAAACAGAACUAAUAUAUCAGGUUGAAGAACCUUCAUCUUUUCUUCAAGAUCAUGAAAAAGUACUUUUGUAGAGCACUAUGCAGAGUCAAGAAGGAAUACAUGCACAUAGAGACAAAAACCUCCUGUGAAUUGUUUCAGGAUAUCUAUCAAUUCCCCUACUGUGGAUGUUCUUGAAGAAAAGAUAAAAUAAUAAAAAUUGCGAAUGUUGUAACCAACUUGAACAAGUAAUUUGUGCAAAAUACUUAAAUGAAGAUGUAUUAGUGUUCUGUAAUUUACUCCUUGGGAAAUGCUUGUGUUUAAACAUAUCUCAGUUAAGACAAAUCCCUACAGCAGGUUGACUUUCCCUUUGAGAACAAUACAGUAAAAUCGGAAGUAAGAUUUCAACUUGAAGGAGUGGUGGGCUUGUUUUAUUAUUGUAUGAAAGGCAAUUAUAUCUAAGAACUGUGGCUUAAGAUUGGUCAGUAAGUCAAAAAGCAUAAAUUAUGUAAUCGGGAUGAAAUAACCACUGUAACCUUAGCAACUGUGUAAUAAUAUUCUUGUUUUUGUAUUAGGCUCUAAAUCUGAUGGUUAAUGCAAAAUCAGUACAAGCUUGUAUGUUCUUCAGAUUAACAAUAAAACUUUGAAACAUCCACA